AUGAACUUUGAUUUCUUAAGUGAUAUUCACCAAAUAAGAAACUUUCUUACAUUGAAUGAUUUACCAAAUGAAUGUAUUGAAUAUCUACUUAAUACAUUAUAUAGACAAUCUAAUUCACUUCUUAUUCAAUGGAAUCUAAUCAGUAUUAAUAAUGAUCAAAUGAAUGUAGAUUCAGUAUAUACUACUGAAAUUACUACUACUAAUCAUCAUCAGGAUGAUGUUGAUCAUGAUGAUGAUGAUGACGAUAGAUCGUUAAUAACAUUUGAUAAGUUGUAUUGUCUCCUUAAACUAUUAUGUUUAUUUGGAAGAAAUGAUACUAUUCAACAAUUCAUUAUUGAAGAUCAUUCUAUCCAUCAAAUUAUAACAAAUCUAUUAAGAUUGAUUUGUCAUUCAAAAGUGUUUGAUCUAUUCAAUCUUAUCAUUUACUUCAUAGAAAUAUUAUAUGAUCCUUAUGGAAUGUGGAAUAAAUGGAAAUAUAUUUACUAUGAACAAAAAUAUGAAAAUUUAAAAUUUUUCACUUGUAUAUCUACAUUAUUAAAAGAAUCACUUGAUAAUAUUCAUUCAAGUAUAUUCGAUUUAAUUAAACAAAACAAUGAUAAUGCAAGAAUUCGAACUUUACUGAUCAAUGCUUAUUGUUAUAUAUCAGUUGGAUGUUAUGGUUUUUUACAAUACAAUCAUUUACACGAUUUGUUUUGUUUAAUCAAUCAAUCAAAUCAACCACUUACAGAAUUAUCAUCAUCAUCAUCAUCAUCGUCAUCGAAACCUCAGGGAAUUUAUUCUAAUGUAAAUGAACAAUAUUCUUUUGGAAAGGAUUUCUCACAGAAUAUCAAGACUAAUGUUAAUCAAUCAAAUUGGUCUCAACAAUAUAAUGAAGAGUUUGUUGUUAUAUCAAGUUUUUUAAUUUAUGGAUUAAGUCUUCAAGAACCAAACAUGAUUAUAUUAAAAUCAGCGGUAGAUCAAUUUCGUUCUGAUAUUGGCAGUAAAGGAACUCUUUCCACUAUUGAUUAUUAUUAUCAAAUUCUACUUAUACAAUUAUCUAGUCGUAUAAGACUAUGUUAUCAACAUCAACCAGAGAUUCUUCUAUCAAAUAUUCAACCAAUAACAUUCAAUGAUUCGUCGUCGUCAUCAUCGUCGUCGUCGUCGUUGUCGUCGUCUUCUUCUUCUCCUUCCUCUUUUAAGAGACAUUAUCAAUACUUUUUAACAUUUCUAGCCUCUAUUGAUAUGAAUCAAUCAUAUUCUGAUAUAUUUAUUACAUCACAAUUAAAAAGUGAUCUAACAUUGAUAUCUUCUCCUUUAUCUAUUAGACGAUUACCUAAUCACUUUUAUUAUAAAUUAACAGAAUAUCUAUGUACUAUAUAUGAUCCCAAAACAGAAAUGAAUCAUAUUCCCGAUUUGAUUAAUGUUAUUGGUAAAAGUCUUUUAUGUUGGGCUUUUGGAAUACUACCAAUGUGUAUUGAUCCACAAUUAAAUCAUUUAAUAGACAAUCCUUGUAGUGAACAGAUUUCAACAUCGUAUACACAUAUUAUUAUUCAUGGUGAUAUUUUGAUUGUUUUAUUAAACUGGAUCGUUUAUUUAUGGAAUCAUUAUAUAAUGAAUUCAUCACAAUAUUCAUCAGAUAAAUCAAUAAAUGUAAACACUAUUCAUAUCAUUAAUCAAUUAUUGAAAAUAAUUAUUGAUUGUUUAUUGGAUCCGGAUACAAUUGGAGAAUUGAGUAAAGCAUAUUGUUGUCAAGUUGGAGUAAUUCGAUAUGCAAUAAUUCCAAAUAUUGUUAAAUUAUGUGAAUUAUUAAAACAAAAACUUGGCAUAUUGAGUACUGAACAAGAAAAGGGUAAAUAUGAGGUAGUGAAAUAUCAAUAUUUCCAAACACUUAAAAUCUUCAAUAUGUUUUUAACCAUACUUCAAUGUUUAGGAGAAUUUUCAAUGUCUGCUCCAGAUCUUGCAAGUUUUCUAAGAAUGUUUCGUUCAGAAUCUGUCAGAUUAUUUUGUAAUAAAAUACUACAAAUACUUGUAAAAAUCACACAAAAAACUCAGCUGAAUUUAACUCCACUACCAAGUUCUGGCCAUUGGUUUCAAUUUAGUCAACCACAAGACAGUCUUCUUGUUUUACCAGUUGGACCGGAAUUAGGAGAUUUAAAAUAUGAUCAAGAUAUCAGUAUGACUUUUGAAAAUUCAUUCACAUCAAUGAAUCCAUUAUCAACGGAUAUCAGUUUACAUUUUUGGUUAUCAAUUAAUAAUCAAUCAAUUAAUAUUGAUCAUUCAAUUAGUGAUCAAUUUCAAUCAAUCGAUCCAAAACGAUAUUGCCUUUUUAGAUUAUUAUGUACAAAUGGAAAUGGUUUAGAGAUAUUUUUUACAAAAUAUGGUUAUUUAGUUGUUGCUGUAUCAACACAAGAAGGUUUCAAUUAUGUUGUUACAUGUGGACCAAAUAAAUUAACACCAUGUGAAUGGCAUUCUGUUGCAGUUGUCUUUUGUCAUACCCGUCGUCUUUUAGUUACUAAGGCGAUACUCAAAGUAUUUAUAGAUGGUAACCUUUGUUACUCUGGAGAUUUUCCUCAUCCACAAAUAAAUGGAAAUAUAUUCAUUCUACAUAUUGGUGGUUGUCCAAAUUGGGUUGAUCAAAUUGCCUAUAGUAAACUAUUAUGUAAUAUAAAUUCUAGAACUGGUCGACGUAAUGCUGUUAUAUCUAAACAACAAACUAUCCAUAAUAGACCUCCUUAUAACACUAGAGAAACUUUAUCAGUUUCAUCGAUAUCAUCAAUAUAUCAAGAAAAUUUAAAAAAUUCCUUGAAUCUAUUCUCUCAACAACUUGAUAUUGGUAGAAUACAUAAAGUGAAUUUAGGUAAUGAACGUUUAUUAUGGGGAAGAAUAUGUUCAUUUCAAGGGAAAUUAAUUUCAUGUUCUAUGUUUAAUGAAGCAUUAUCUGAUAUUAUAUGGCAAGAAAUUUAUUCACAUGGACCUUGUAAUCUAACAUAUCUAUUGGACAAUGGAUGUUAUAAUAUAAACAAUAAUACUACUACCAAUACUACUAAUACUACUAUCAAUAUCAGUAGUAUAAACACUGAUGAUUAUACUGGAAAUAUAAAUCAUUCAACGAAAAUUCUAUUUCAUUAUCAUGCUAAAGCAGUGAAUUUAUAUAAUUCUAUAUGUUUAGAAUUAAAUAGUGAAAAUCAUGGUUUAAUUAGUGCUUUUGAAUGUAUCAAUUUGUUACCAAGUCAACAAAAAAAUCAAUAUUUAUUAUACAAUGAAAAUGUUUAUAAUCAAUAUUUAUGGUUUAAACAUAUUUAUUAUAAAUGUACAAAUUAUGGUGGUUUACCAGCAACUAUAUUAGGACCUAAAAGAUUAGAAACAUUUCGAAUAACUGAUUCAAUCAAUCAAAUUGGAGGUAUGGGUGUACUGUUACCAAUUCUUAAAUUACUUCGAUAUUUUCCAACAACUGACUAUGAUAAUUCAUUGAAUAAACUGUAUCCUAUAGAUGCUACAUUCUUAUCAACAGAUGAUGUAGGUUUAACUGAUCUAUUCAUCUUUGCAUAUCAACGUUAUAUUCAUGAUAUGAAUAUUGUCUUCAGUAAUGAGAUGACAAAAACAUUAUCAACAUCGAAUAUAACUGAUAACAUGCCUCAUGAUAUGGUCUCCAUGAAGACAUCUAAUAGUGUUUCAUUGAAUGAGUCAAGUGAAUUACGUCCACGUUCUACAUCUCUUUCGUUAAUUAACACUGGUAGUACUAGUAGUAGUACACCAAAAUCGAAAGAUGAACGAAGUAGUUCUUCUGGUUCAAUUACAUCUAAUAAUACAUUGAAUAAUAGUAGUGUAGCUAAUCUACUUUUAAUUCUACGUAAUUUAAUAUUGUCAAAACCGGAAAAUCGUGUACAAGUUUUAUCCCCUGAUUUUAUAUUACCCCUUUUAUACCUUUUAAAAAAGCUUCAUCCUUUACGUUUCAAUUCAUUUGUAGUAUCUACAAUUCAUGAUCUCUUUCGUGUUCUUAUCUAUUUACCUAAUAAAAGACAAUCAUUAUUUAAUAUGAAUACAAUACAAAAUUGGUUUGAUAAUCAACCAAAUCAAAUACUAUCUAAAAAUGUAUUAUAUCUUACUUGUCAAUUAAUAUUAGAUUGGGAUUUAUGGUCAAAACCUAAUUCCAUAGCAAUUAUGUUCCAUUUACAAAAAUUAAAUCAAUUGGUUAUUGAUUAUAAUAGUUUAUUGAAAGAAUUAUCAGUGGAUUCAUUAUUAGAAUCACUUGUACAAUAUCAUAAUAAUUUAGAUUUAUGGUUAAAUGAUCUACCAACAACAUAUACUACUGAUAUCUUACUAAAAGGUCCUACAUUCACUACUGAUAUCAUAAAUAAUAUUGAUAAAUAUGAAUCAUUAAUAUCAAAUCAAAUAAGAAUACAAUUAUGUAAAUUAAUUGAAGUAAAACUGUUACCAAGGACACAAAUUAAAGAUCUAAUUAAAUUAAUUGAUUUUAUUAUCACUUGUCCAAUUAUUAUAUUGGUAAAGGAUGUAAUAACUAUGUUACAUAAUUGUUUUGAUCGAUCUCAUACUAAUGAUUCAUUUACAUUAUUAAUUUAUGAAUCAGAUUUAAUUGUAAAAUUGUAUAGUUUAUUAUUUAAAUCAAAUUAUCAAAUGAAUAUUGAAACUAAGAGAUUAGUAUUAAAGUUUAUUCAUAAAUUAGCUUUAUCUGAUCGAGUAACGGAUAAAUAUAAGUCACAAUUAUUUCUUAAAGAUUGGAAUGGAUUCAGUUCAUUAUUGAAUAAUAAUUCAAAUAUAUUAAUAUUAUUACAAGAUUAUGAAAUUGUUAAAAUAUUCUUGGAUCUAAUGAAACGUGGUCCUUCAUAUGAUAUUUUGGGAUUGUUACGUUUAAUGGAUCUAUUAUAUCAAAGUCCAUUGAAAUUUCGUAUUUUGGCAGUAAAUACAUUUAUGGAUAUAUUUAAUAAAUCAUCAAAAUAUGUUAUUGAAAUUUUAAAUCAAUUACCUGUAUUCUUGGAUUCAUUUUUCCGUUUAUUGAUUAAAUGUCCUAAAGAAAAUACUCAUCAACUUGACCAAAUAUCAGUAUCUCGAUUUGGAUUAGCCGGGAUUCGCUCACCACAAAAACAUUCAAGUGAAAUUCAUUCAAAACGUCUAGAAUCAACCAAUGAUUCUGGUCAUGGUAGUUCAAUUCAUUCACAAAGUGAUGAAUUAUACUCACCAACUUCAUCCACACCACAGAAUAAAACAUCAGUAAUAUCAUCUUUAUCAAAUGAUGAAGUAGAAUCUGUCUUCAACAGUCCAACCCAUACACAUAUUCCUGAUAUAAAGGAUUACAUGAAAGAUAUCAAUUUAUUGAAUUCAUUCCACAUUUCAAGUAUGAAACAAGAACCUACUACUAUUUCAGAUCAUAUUAGAACAAAUCAACGUCCAGUUUCAAUAUCCAAUAACUAUACAAUCAAACAAACUUUAUCAAUUCAAUCUCCGAUUUCACCUUCUAACCAUUCCCAACAUGGUACUACUUAUAACGAUAUACAUAGUAGUAUAAAUAAUUCAUAUAAAUUAUUAGAAAAUAAUAGCAUUUUAGAAGAUCAUUUAACUCAAUUAAUUAUUAAAUGUUUACAUGAAAUUCUAUGGACUUCUAAUCAUUUAGAACGUUGGCAUUUCAGUACAACCAUUACAAAUGAUGAUCCAUGGGUGGGAUAUUAUAGAGCUAUGGUAUCAUUUAUGGAAAUCAGUCGUCAGUAUAUUCUUAUAAAACCUUCAUUUUGGAUUAUUCAACGACUAUUCGAAUUCAUUAUUUAUUCAUUAGAACAAUCAUUGCCAAAUUAUAAUCAGAAUUUGUUAUUUCCAGGUGCAGUUGAUGGAGAUAAAGUUCGUAGAGUUGUUCAUUUAUUUAUGAUGUUUCUAGUUGAUACUACUUGUAAUCAUAAAAACUGGAUUGAUGAUGAAUAUCGGGUAGAAUUAAUGGAAUCCUUAUUACAUUUAUUACAAGAAUCACUUCUUAUAUGGGAAUUAAAUUCAUUACAAUGGAAAGAAGUUCAAGUAUUAACUAUACAUUUAAUUCUAUGGUGGAUUACUAAUAAUAGUUCUUUACAAUCUCGUUUAUGUAUUUAUUCAUUAACUCAAUUACAUUAUAUCAUUUGUCAAUUGGAAACUAGAACAUGCUUUGAAGAAAUUGCAUUUCUUGUUUAUCGUUUGGAUAAAGUAAUUGAAAUAUGGUCAAGAUAUGAAGAAUCCAUGGUGAAUAUAGAUGAUAUACCUAAAAUGGAAAAACUCAGUGAAAUUCCCAGUGAUCAUUCGUUGAAUAUUCCUUUUAAUCACAAUGGAAGAAAUGUAGAUAAAAGUAUUCCUACUGGGACUAAUCUUACCAAUGACCAUUUAUUAUCAAAUAUGCAUACCAAUUCUAUUUUAGAUCGAAUAAGUUCACAAUCACAUAAUGUACUUUUAUAUUUAACUCCAAUUAUCUUUAAAUUAUUUAAAGAUUAUAGUGUAUUAUUAGAAAUGGAGAAAUGGACACCUAAUUUACCAAAGAUGACAUCUGAUUUUCUUGAAAAGUUUAAAGUUUAUCGUACUAUACCACAUGGUGAAUGGCAAUGUUUUCUUGAAUAUCAUCUUCAACCAGUAGCUGAAUCUUAUACAGAUCAAUACAUCACAAGUACAGCAACAAAUCAAAGUAUAUAUCGUGCUAAAGCUAAUGAUGAUAUUGAACAAUCUCGUUAUAAACAUAAACAUUAUUUAGAUAAUAUAUCCUUCAAUUUACAUUCUUAUCUAUUACGUAACAUAUCUGUAAUAUCCAAUGUUGAUCCAUCAAAUUCCGAAAGAUCAACGGAUCGUUCUGUAGCCAUGACAACAAAACAUAUAACAUCAAUCGAUAAUAAUCAAUAUGAUAUAUCUCAAUUAUCUGUUAUUAACAAACAAUUUAAACAAGAAAAAAAUUAUUAUCCAACAGAAAUAGAAAAAUAUAAUCAACAAAUUAAUUAUUGGCAUGCUUUAUCAUAUCGAUUAAUGUAUACAUCAUUGAAUUCUCCAUGGUUUAUAAGUUACACAAAUAUUGAACAUUGGCGUUUAUGUGAAUUAGAAACAAUUUGUCGUAUACGACCUAAAUUAGAACCAAAUUUAAUAUUUAAUUCACAUAUCAAUGCUAGUGCUAAAAGAGAUGGUUUAUCUUUAAUUAAAUUUAUACAAUCUCAUAUACGAACUUAUUCAGUAGAUAAUUAUCAUAAAUUAUCUAUGUUAUCUAUUGGUCAAUCAUUAUCUAUGUUGAAAACUUCUUCUAGUGAAAAUAAUUUAGAUAUUUUACCGAAUGAUAAAAUAGAAUAUAAUACAGAUGUUAUUAGAAAACAAUUUAUGAAACUUCCUCAACUUUUGAAUCAAACAUCAAUUGAAGAUAAUGAUUAUCAUGAUAGAUCGAUUUUAAAUAAUGGUGAUGAUGAUCAUGUUGAUGAUGAUGUUGAUGUUGAUGAUGAUGAUGAUGAUGUAAUCCAUAUGGAAAAUAAAGAGUUUUAUGGAUCUGAUGAUAGACGUGGUACAUUAAUUCCAGACGAAUCAAUAAAAACUCCAAUCAUUUCAUCCAAUUCUUUGAAUACUUCUAUUGAAGAUCCAAUUAAUGAUCAUCAAUUCAAUCAAAUUAAGCUAAGUAACACUUUUAAUAAUGAAUCAUUUAUCUCAUCUACACCAUCUCAUCUAUCAACUACAUCUAAUUCAUUGAAUUCAUUUCAUUCAAUAAUUCAUUAUAUACCUCAAAUACAAAAAGGUAAAGGUAUUCUAUUCAGUGUUAAUGCACAAUUAAUUAUAGCCAUUAAAGUAAUUCAAGGUAUAUUAACAUUAACACAGAAUCGUUUAAUAUUUGAUAUAUCAAUUAAUAAUAUCAUGAAUGAUAAUAAUAAUAAUAAUAAUUUCAUUAAUGAUAUCCAUACUACUAAUGAUACUACUGAAUUAUCAAUACCAUUUGGAUAUAAAAUAAUCAAUGAAAAAUUAGAUUUUAAUAAUACAACAUUGAAUAAUUCUAGACAAAUAUUCUAUAUUCGAUAUAAUUGGUCAUUAGCUAAAUUACGUGAAUUACAUUUACGUCGUUACAAUCUACGUCGUUCAGCUAUUGAAAUAUUUUUUGAAAAUAAUUCUAAUUAUUUUUUUAACUUUGAAACUAAGAUUCGUAAUAAAUUCUAUUCGAUUAUCAUGAGUUUACGAUUGCCAAGAUUAGUUUAUAGUCAAGGUCGUAAUCCUAGAGAAACACUUAAAUUAUCUGGACUUACAGAACGUUGGGUCAAUAGAGAAAUAUCAAAUUUUGAAUAUCUUAUGCGUUUGAAUACAAUAGCUGGUCGAACAUUUAAUGAUUUGGGUCAAUAUCCUGUAUUUCCUUGGAUUUUAGCUGAUUAUACUUCUUCAGAAUUAGAUUUAAAUUCACAACAUACAUUUCGUGAUCUUUCACGACCUAUUGGAUUAGCUAAUCCAAAAUUUAUUCAAGAAAUUAAAGAAAAAUAUAAUUCAUUUGAAGAUCCAAGUGGUGUUAUGCAAAAAUUUCAUCAUGGAACUCAUUAUUCAAGCGCUGCUGGUGUCUUGCAUUAUCUUGUCCGUUUGGAACCGUUUACAACGUAUCAUGUAAAUUUACAUGGAAAUAAAUUUGAUGUUGCAGAUCGUCAAUUCUAUUCUAUUCCAAAAGCAUGGCGUUUUAUAUUAGAUAAUCCAUAUGAUAACAAAGAGUUAAUUCCGGAAUUUUUCUUUUUACCUGAAUUUCUACGAAAUAGUAAUAAUUUUGAUUUAGGCUUUCGUCAAUAUAAUCAAAAUCGUAUUCAUGAUGUAGAACUACCAAAUUGGGCUUCAACACCAGAAGAAUUUAUACGUAAACAUCGUGGUGCAUUGGAAUCUGAUUAUGUUUCAUCACAUUUACAUUUGUGGAUUGAUUUAAUUUUUGGUUAUAAACAACGUGGUCCAGAUGCAGUGAAUGCAUUGAAUGUAUUCAAUUUUGUAACAUAUGAAGGUGCUGUAGAUUUAGACAAGAUUAGUAAUUCAUGUGAACGUGAAGCUUUAGAAAGUAUGAUACAGAAUUUUGGACAAACUCCAAGUCAAUUACUUAAAGUACCACAUCCAAAACGUUUAACCUAUUCUGAAUGGUUAUCUAUAUUGAUUCAUCAAUGUAGAUUACCUGUUAUUAGUUUAUUAACUUAUGCUAAUCUUAAAAAUGACAAUUCAAUACACAAACAUAAUUCAUUAAUACAAUCAACAUUUCAACAAGAUUCAAUGAAUACGACUACUACUAUUAUUAGUAGUGCUAGUAGUAGUAGUACUAGUAGUAGUAGUAGUACUAGUACUACACCUAACAGUACAAAGUCUACAACAUUCUUUCAACGUUCAAAUGAAUAUUUCCAUUCAGUAUUCAAUACUCAUACAUUAUUUGAUAAGAUUCAAAUAAUCAAUCAUAAAUGGUGUAUUGUAAAACAUCCAACUAUGAAUAAUAUUGGUAUUAGUAUAGAAACAUUAAAGUUAAAAGUGAAUACAAUAACUCAAUUGAAUUCAAUCUAUUUAGCUAUUAUACCAGCAUUUUGUUGUCCAUCUAAACAACAAUCAACUAUAGUUAAUACCAUAAAUAAUGAUUUAUCUUAUACGGAUAUUUAUCGUUCAACAAAUAUAUUAAAAACUCGUCUAUUCUCUACCGGAAGUUCAUCGAUGUUAACUUCAGCGGCAGUAGCUGCUGGAUUAGUGACAAUGACAGCGGCACCACCAGCAACAACAUCAGCAACAACAAUAAUAUCUGAAAAUCAAUUACCCAAAUCUAAUUGGGAACGUUUAGCGUCAGCUGUUUUUACUAUUAAUAGUAGAGGUAUUAUUAAUCGAUAUUUUUGGAUACCAACUGAUCAACAAUCUAUAGAACGUGAUAACAACGAUAUUGAACCUUUAGAACAAUAUGGUUUAUUCUAUGAUUCAUUUCGUUCAUCACAAUAUGGCUCUGUUGGACCAUUUGAUUCAUCAUGGAUUCAUUUCAUUGAAAAUACAAAUAAUUUUAAACUUGAUGAAAGAUUUUCUUUAAAUUUGCCCAACAUGGAAUCAUCUUCAUCUUUGAAUACUAUUGGUUCACAAUUAUUUGCAUUAACCUAUGAUGAUAAAUGGUUAUUUAUUGGUGGAAGAUGGGAUGGACGUUUAACUAUAUAUAAUAUGUAUCAAUCAAAAAUUCAUGCUCUAUUAACAAGUCCACAUAUAGAUACAAUUAGUUGUGUUGCUAUGGAUUCAGCAUAUAGUUUAAUUGAUCGACAACCAUUUACAUAUCAUGGUGAUUUUAAUAAAAUCAAUAAAUUCUUAAUAGAUCAAUUGAAGAAUUCAAUUAGAACACGUUAUUAUAUUAUUACUGGUAGUCGUGAUGGUACAUGUGCUAUAUGGGAUUUUGAUCUUUUAAAUGAAGAAGAUAAUGAGGAUCGUGAUCACGAUUAUAAUUAUGAUCGUGAUGAAGAAGAAGAUCUCACAGAGUUUCGAUAUGAUAAUUCACCUUUUAUUAAUGAUUCAUUAUUAUCUUCAUUUAAUCAAAGAAAAUUAUCAAAUAGUAAUGUGUUUUUUGGUAGUCAAGAUGAUCUGUCAAUGAAUUCUGAUCCAAAAACUAUAUAUGAUGAACAAAAUCAAAAAGAACAUCCUUCAUGUUAUCGAUCUUUUGAUGGAACUGGAUCAUCAUCAAGACUAUUGUUCAAUUCAAUCUAUUUACCUAAAAUGGAUUAUCAUUUACAAUAUAAAAAUGCUGGUAUACCAUUUUAUCCUUUACAUUCAUAUAAAUCUAAAAAGUCAAAACGUUUAGCAAAAAUAAUAAAAAUUUUUUAUGGAAAUUUGUAUGGUAACCCAGUAACAUGUGUUGCAUUAAAUAUUGCCUUAGAUACAGGUGUCAUGGCAACAAAUGCGAAUCAUGAUCUAUAUUUAUUUAGUGUAAAAUUAUCAAAUUGGUCACGUGUACUUAAAUUGAAUACAUUCGAAUCAAAUAUUAUGAAUGAAUUACAUUAUCCAUUUGAUUUAUAUCCAAAUGCAGAAGAGAUAUUUUUACAUACAAAUCUAUAUACUAUUGUUAAUCAUCUACUUAUAUCACCUAGAUUAGGUUUAAUUUAUAUACAAUGGAAUGUUAUUGCAAAAAUGAAUCAAUCUAAUAUAAACAAAACAGAAAUUGGACCUAAAUUAAGUUUAUUUAAUUCAAUAGGUGAAAAAUUAUUAGAAAUUUCACCAUUUAUUUAUACUACUGAUUAUAAUCAUAUAAGUAGUAAUGAAUUAAAUCAAAUAAUUGUUACACAUAUUUUAUUGACAUCAACACCAAUUCAAUCGAAAUGUACUUUUCAUAAUGAAGAUAAUAAUAAUAAUCAUGAUACUGCAGAACACUUAGAUGAUCGUUCCAAUCAUUCCAUAUCUCAACAUAUUCUAAUGUCAUUUAAUACAGGACAUUUUAUGAUUUUAAUGGCUGAAACACUAGAACCUAUUUAUUGUAUUCAAUUAAAUGAAGGAAUUAAUCAUCUAUCAUUAAUAUGUAAUCUUACAUCAAAUCAAUAUCUUAUUGAAGUAAUAUUUCAAACAAUACGAAAGAAAAACCAAAGAAAAAAUCAGUUAGCAACAAAACGAGUACAAGUAUGA